AUGCUGCUGAUCACUGAAGCUCUUCUUCUCCUCGUUAUAGCUGCUCUAGGACAGGAUCACAGAGCAGCUGUUGAAGAACAGAUAUUUUCACUGGAUAUGGCAAAAAAAUCAGUUGAUGAUCAAUAUAAGGGCUGUAGAGAGAAAAUGGCAGAAAAGGUGAAGACGGUAUUUCUAAACAAGGAAAUGAAUAACUCACCUGGUUUUGAAAAUGCUUGGAAAAAAGGUGUAGACUUUGUCAAGACCCAAAAUGACAAGCUGACAAAGAAUCAUUCAAUCGCUAUUUAUGUGUACAGUGAGUGUAAUAUAUAUACACUUUUUAAUAAGGACACUCGUUCUGGUAAAAAACAGUACAAAAACGAAACAUACAAAUGGUAUUCACUUUACUUUCUGUUAACAGAAGCGAUACAGAUUCUGAAGAAAACACAAAACAAAUGCUAUUCAACUUUUCGUGGUACCAAAGCUGAAUUUGAUAAGCAUGUCCUGAACAAAGAAGUUCGUUUUGGCCAGUUUGCUUCUUCUUCUCUUGUUCGUAAAAAAGCACAGCGUUUUGGAACUGUAUCUUGUUUUGAAAUCAAAACUUGUGAAGGUGCUGAUGUGUCAAAAUAUUCUAAGCUUCCUCAUGAGAGAGAAGUGCUGAUUCCUCCAUAUGAGACGUUUAAAGUCACUGCUGUCAGGACAAAAAGAGAUGAGAAAGAUCUCUGGUGUGACACUGUGUACACUUUAAAAAACACUGGAAAAACAAGUAACCUGAACUGUGCUCUAUUCAGGAGACCAACCAAGACCAUAAUGAAGUAA